AAGAAACUCAAAAGUUAUCGUUAUCGUAUUUUUUUUUAUCAUUAGUUACUAUUAUCUUGUAUUAUAUCAUACUCGUGUUUUGUUUAAUUCUUAUCGGCCCUCCCAGUGAACUUCCCGAUUAAAAGUGAAUACUUUUAGUUUCUAACAUUCAAAUAUGGUACGAGCCCAUCCCGCAAGUUUUGAUCCUGCUGUGUUGAAAAAUGUCUACAUAAACAAGCACAAUGUAGACGAACAGGUGAAGAACAUACUAAUCAAUAACCAGGUAUGGAGCAAGGAAAAUAGUUUUCCUUGGCUCGUGAAAGCUGUUACUGUUAUUGACUUGACCACACUAGCCGGUGAUGAUACUAAAUCUAAUGUUACUCGGUUAUGUUUAAAGGCAGCAAGUCCCUUGGCCCCAGAAUUGGUAAAAAGACUAGGGUUGCCAGAAGGGAAGGUCAAAACAGCAGCAGUUUGUGUGUAUCCGAGUAGAGUCCCUGAUGCAUACAAUGCUCUGAAACGCUUGGGGUUAGUGGAUGAAAUCCAAAUUGCUUCUGUUGCAACAGGUUUCCCAUCAGGCCUUUAUCCACUAAAAACAAGAAUACACGAAAUAGAAUAUUGCGUAAAGAAUGGAGCUAAUGAAAUUGACGUGGUGUUGGACCGGAGCCUGGUUUUAACGGGACAAUGGAAUGUUUUGUUCGAUGAAGUGCUUCAGAUGCGUAAAGCUUGUGGAGACGCUCACCUUAAAGUCAUAUUGGGAGUUGGUGAACUUGGUACUUAUGAAAAUGUGUACAAGGCUUCAAUGGUAUCGAUGCUGGCCGGGGCAGACUUCAUCAAGACGUCUACAGGCAAGGAGGCAGUCAACGCCACCCUGCCUAUCGGACUCGUCAUGUGCAGGGCCAUCCGCAACUUCUACCAGAUGACUGGUAUCAAGAUUGGGUUGAAGCCAGCGGGCGGCAUAAAAUCAGCCCAGGACGCGAUCAACUGGCUAGUCCUGGUCCGCAGCGAGCUGGGUCCUGAGUGGUUGUCGCCGACUCUCUUCCGCAUCGGGGCUUCAAGCUUGCUGGACGUCCUUGAGCAGGAGUUGGACAAAACUGCUCCUCCGAUUAAGCAGUAACAGGAACAGGUGAUUUUAUUUAUUUUUUCAAGACCUUUUUGAUACAAAUUUAGUGAUAGCACCGCAAGCGACGAUGUUAAAUACCUACGUAGUUGAUAUUUUAUAAAGUUUAUUAAGAAAAUAAAAUGUUAUUGUAAUAUAAUUAAGUAAAAGUUGAACUGAACUGAAAAAGGUACUAAAUGAACGAAACAAAACCACUGCCUAUCUUAGGAGUUACUAAGUAUAAAUAUAAAAAAACAUGCUUUUAUAUAAAAUAAGGCUUAAUUUGUGCUAUUAGCUAACCUAACUAACGUAAAUUCCUUGCCAUUUUUACACCAAAGGCCCAAAAAUGAUUAGUUUUAUUAGUACCUAUCGAAUUUCUAAUUAAGUGUACCUACCUUUAAAUAUGUAUAUUUUUGAUAUUAUUAUAUUUUUGUAAGAAAAUUAUGCCAAAGUUAAAAGAAAAUAAAUCAUAGGUACUAUUGAAAAAUAAAUACACGUAUAAUAUGAAGUAUAAUAAAAAUAAAUUGUUACUUUAC